AAUAACAGAUUUGACCUUAACAUUUCGUAUAUAUAAGUAUUUAAAAAUUUUGACUAAAAAUUAAAUUAUGGAAACAUGUCGGUUAAGCCCCCACUGAAAUUUGGCUGUGCCCGGCUGACACUGGCUCACAAAUCCUUUCAGCUGCAUGGAAUAUUGGCUAGAAGGGCCAAUUCACUGUCGAAAAUGGGCAUGCUAGGAAUAAAAUCUCGCCAAGCGCGACAUAAGGUUCCCGGCUCGUCUAGGAACACAGUCCGUAAUAGGGGCAAAUGGAAUUUUAAUUUGGAUGUAGAACGUUCUAAGGAUGCGGUGAAAGAUCGACAAAUGUCGUUACCUCUGAUGGUAUAUCUAUACAGUCCCUGGAAAAUGAUGAGCACCAAGUUUAAUCUAUGGAAGCUAAAAAUACUAUGGGAUUGGGAUUUUAACGAAGCAUUCUUUGUUGACAAUGCCAAACAGGCGCUAGUGCUCGUUACCAGGUUCAUAGUCGAGAAGCGCAAUUCCUACAUCAAACGUUGCUCCACGCCAAUGGGAUACAAGCAAAUCAGCUAUGAUCUCCUCAGGGAAAAGAAACACCAGUCCGGAAAUUUACCACACGAGCUGAUGCGUUUUGAGAAACGUCAUAUUCGGCGCGCAAUCCCCCUACGGGUACAGCGAUUGGAGCACUAUGAUCAUAAGUUUGCCUUUAUAGACAUGAUAUUCUUGGCGUGCCGACGCACCAAUGACUUUACAUCCAAAGUAGAAGUGGAACAGAUGAAUAGGCUGGUUGAGCAGCAUGCAGACGCUAGUAAAUUAUUUGUCCGACAUCCCAUUGUAUUUGCCGAGGUAUUUGUACGCUUCCGAAGAGAUUAUUCGAUACCACCCACUGUGCGUGCCGGCCACUGGCUGAUAUCCACAUAUAAAGUAGUAAACUUGGAUCUGCUUAAUUUUCAUCCUGACUUCCAUGUUGGCAGUGGCGUCAGUGAAGCCCUUAAAUCUGUUGAUCCGCUACCUCAAAACACAACUAUGACAUAAAUUCAAACAUGACGUGUGCUAACAAAAAAAAAAAACAUACUAGUAUAUAUUUCUUAGUAAAUUCCUAUUUGCCUAGAA